UAUCCAGAGAUUGCAUAUGCAAUGCAACAUUUGAACAUUGCAAGUACAUAGUGCUAGAGAAGAUGGAGACACUUACAAUAAGAUGGUUAUGGGCUUUGUUUUUUCUAGCAAUGGUGGUUGUUGAGCUGAAAGCUGAUCAAGUUAAAAACGGAACUGCUCAAGUUAACGCCACUUCCUUAAAUCUUCCUAAUAACCUUCCUCUAGAUAGCAGUGCACAAGGAAGUCAUAACACAACUGAAGUUGUGGUUAACAACGAGAAAAGAUAUAGUGGGUAUUACAGAGGAGGUGGAGGUGGGGGCGGAGGAGGUGGAAGUGGAUGGGGAUGGGGAGGAGGAGGCGGCGGGUGGUAUAAAUGGGGAUGUGGUGGUCGGAAAGGAAAGGGAAGAGGCAUUAACAAUAGGCGAGUGCAUAGGAAGAGAAUUUUUAGCAAUGAAGAUUACAAGUUAGGAGAGUUUGCUCAAUGCAUGGGAAGAGGAAGGUGUAAAGGGAUGAGAUUGGAUUGUCCUCUUCACUGCGGUGGACCUUGCUUUUAUGAUUGCCAACAUAUGUGCAAAGCUCAUUGUCGACGUUCUUAGUUCAUUUUUGCUAAUUAAGUAUUAUUCUCCUUUAACCAUUUUUUUACAUAUAGGCUGAUGAUUUAUUCAAGAGUUCCUUUUCUGAUGUUUGCUGGAUUAGAUGCUGCUUUAGUUUAAUCAGGUGGUGUGUUCAGUGUGCUGAAAUUUUCUUUUGCAUGGUAGCUAGCUACCAUUUUGUGACCUUUUCUUCCUUUUUCUUUCUUUCUUUCUUCUUUUUAGAUGAGACUCAAUGAUUAAUGAUUGCUAUGUGACCUCAAUUGUUUUGCUA